ACUGAGCUCAGAGUCACAGAUGCAGCAGAUGACCAUGUCUCCUUCCAUCUGCGUCGCCAUCUUGUUUCUUGCACUGGUCUCGCCUUCGCCAUCAUCAGCCAGCAUUAACAACAACAAUGGCGUCGCCGUCGCGGCCCCUAGCGUGCCCACGGCGACGCAGUUCCUGCAGGCGCACAACGACGCGCGCCGGGCGGUCGGCGUGGCACCCCUGACGUGGAACUCGACGCUGGAGCAGGACGCCGAGAGAUACGCGGGCCGGCUUGGUAUCCGCUGCAAGCUGGAGCCGCUGAAGUGGGACGCCCCGCGUAUCUACGGGCUGAACACCUACUGGGGCAGUGGGUUCAACGAUGGCGCCGCCGUCACUGGCUCGUGGGUGUACGAGCAGCAGUCGUACGACCACCGCGCCAACGCGUGCGCGCCCGGCAAGGUAUGCGUGUCGUACACGCAGGUGGUGUGGAACACCACGCGAGAGCUCGGCUGCGCCCACUGCACCUGCCGGAGCAGCCGCGACACCGUGGCUGUCUGCAGAUACUUCCCUCCCGGCAACUACCGCGGCGUUCCGCCAUACUGAGCACAUCUAUACAUCAUGUCUGUGUUCAAAUAAUGUAUGAUGCGAAACAAGACGUUUCGUCCGGCGUUUUAUGGUUAUAAGAAAUGGGAAAUU